AUGGACCGCGCGCGCCACGCGUAUUUCGAGAAGGAGUCGGGCUGCAAGCAGAUCGAGCGCGAGGGCGAGCAGCUCAAGCAGGACGCCCACGAGCGCUGGAACCGGCUCAAGCGCAUCCGCCAGUACAUCUGCCGCCGGUCCAACAGGGAGUUCGACAACAUCCUCCAGGCCAAGGGCUCCGCCGGCAAGCUCGACUUCGAGCACAAGGAGAAGACGCUCGGGCUCACGUACCAGAAGGACAACGCCGACGACGCCAACAUCAUCAACAACAUCACGUCCCUCAGCGGCGGCGAGCGCUCCUUCUCGACCCUCGCCAUGCUCAUCUCGCUCGGCGCGACGAUCGAGUGCCCGUUCCGCGUCAUGGACGAGUUCGACGUCUUCAUGGACCAGGUCUCCCGCAAGGUCGCCAUGAAGGAGCUCGUCGACAUGGCGAAGAAGAUGGAGAACCGCCAGUUCAUCUUCAUCACGCCCCAGGACCUCAGCUCCCUGCCCCAGUCCGACAUCCUCAAGAUCUUCAAGAUGAACCCGCCCAUCCGCGGCCAGCGCACGCUCGAGGAGGCCUUCGCCACCCAGGGCUAG